CGUCGGUGCCGCUGCCCCCGCCGGACGAGGACGCCCUCUGCUGCAUCUGCAACGACGGCGAGUGCCAGAACAGCAACGUGAUCCUCUUCUGCGACAUGUGCAACCUGGCGGUGCACCAGGAGUGCUACGGGGUGCCCUACAUCCCCGAGGGCCAGUGGCUGUGCCGCCGCUGCCUGCAGUCGCCCUCGCGGGCCGUGGACUGCGCGCUGUGCCCCAACAAGGGCGGCGCCUUCAAGCAGACGGACGAUGGGCGCUGGGCGCACGUGGUGUGCGCACUAUGGAUCCCCGAGGUGUGCUUCGCCAACACCGUCUUCCUGGAGCCCAUCGACAGCAUCGAGCACAUCCCGCCGGCGCGCUGGAAGCUCACCUGCUACGUGUGCAAGCAGCGCGGCUCGGGCGCCUGCAUCCAGUGCCACAAGGCCAACUGCUACACGGCCUUCCACGUGACGUGCGCCCAGCAGGCGGGACUCUACAUGAAGAUGGAGCCCGUGCGCGAGACGGGCGCCAACGGGACGUCCUUCAGCGUCCGCAAGACGGCCUACUGCGAUAUUCACACGCCGCCCGGCAGUGUGCGGCGGCCGCUGCUGCUGACAGGCAGCGAGAGUGACGGCGAGGACGGGGAGGGCGGCGCGGCUGGAGGCUGCACCCCGGGCUGGUCGGCCAAGAAAGCCAAGGCCAAGUCGAAGCAGAAGAUGAAGAAGGCGCGGAAGAUCCUGGCGGAGCGGCGCGCCGCUGUGCCCAUCGUGUCCGUGCCGUGCAUUCCUCCCCACAGGCUGAGCAAGAUCAUUAGCCGCGUGUCCAUGCAGCGCAAGAGCCAGUUCAUGCAGCGCAUGCACAGCUACUGGACGCUCAAGCGGCAGUCCCGCAACGGGUGCCCCUUCUGCGGAGGCUGCAGGUCCCACCUGCAGUCGCAGCGAUCCAUGGAGCAGCGCGAGCACCUGGGAGAGAAGAGGCACGCGCUGAAGGGCAGCUCAAGGUCGUGGCAGCGCCUGCGCCACGACCUGGAGCGGGCGCGCCUGCUCGUCGAGCUCAUCCGCAAGCGCGAGAAGCUCAAGCGCGAACAGAUCCGAGCGCAAGAGGCCGUGAUGGAGGCGCGGCUGAUCCCGUUCGUCAUCUUCCUACGCCGGACUCUGGAGCUGCUGCAGGAGCGAGACACGGGCAGCAUCUUCUCGGAGCCCGUGUGCCUCGAGGAGGUGUCGGACUACCUGGAUCACAUCAAAACCCCCAUGGACUUCUCCACGAUGCGGCAGCGCGUGGACUCGCACGAGUACCGCGGCAUGGACACCUUCGCCGGCGACUUCCAACUCAUCGUCAACAACUGCAUGCAGUACAACGCCAAGGACACGAUUUUUUACCGCGCGGCCGUGCGGCUCAGGGACCAGGGCGCCGUGAUCUUGCGGCAAGCGCGAGCGGCAGCGGAGCGGAUCGGCUUCAACUACGAGAGCGGAAUGCACCUCCCCACGGCGCCAGCCGCUCCGUCCGCCCACGACCUCGUGGCGUCGAGGCGGGGGAGCAAGGCCGGCCGCGGUGACCGCUCCCUCCACCGGGGGGGCCCGCCGCAGAGCGAGCGCCACGGCGCCGCCGGCGGCGCCGCGUCGAAGCGGCGCCCGGGACGGGCGGAGGGCCGCGGGUUCCCCGUCCCGGGGGGGACUCGCCGGGGCUCGGCCCGCUCGGCCUCCUCCUCUUCCUCCUCCUCAUCCUCCUCCUCGUCGUCCACCUCUUCGCCGUCGUCUUCGUCCUCCGAAGACGAGGGCGGCGGCGGCGUCGGCGUGGAGGGGCCGGAGAGAGGCAGCGGGGGCAAGGGUCGAGCAGCGGCGCCGGGGCCUCGGGGCCAGGGGCUGCGGGGUCACGGCGGGGAGCGGGGUCACGGGGGGGAACGGGGUCGCGCCGGGGGUGGGGGUCGCGGGAGGGGUCGGGGUCGCGCCGGACGCCACGGCGGCAAGAGGCGGCUCGCUGACGGCGACGCCGGGUCCGCGGCAGCAGCAGCUGCAGCCUCCGUGGGUGAGUGGCUCCCGCACCGCACCACAGCACCAAGCCCCGUCACACCCGGGAGGACAGCAGCUGCAGCCUCCGUGGGCGACGGGGGCGAGCGCGUGGGCGGAGCCUCGCGGGGGCUGCUGCUAGGGGACGACGACGGGGGGGGCUCCCUGCUGGGGCCGGCGUCCCUCGGGGGGGGGCCGCCGUCGCCGGGAGGCGGCGGCUGCGGAGGCGGCGGCUGCGGCGGCGGCGCCGGCGGCGGAGGAGGAGGCGGAGGUGGCGGAGGCCGCGCGUCCGACGUGGGACGCCGAACCUUCGUGCUCUUCAGCAAGAAGAGCAAGCCCUUCCCCCUGCAGCACCAGCAGCAGCAGCAGCAGCGCCGGCCUGGACGUCCCCCCAAGCACCGUGAGUCCGGCGGAGCGGCGGGGCCGCCGGCGGGCCCCGGGCCGGGCCAGGCCUCGUCCUCGUCGUCCACCUCGUCCGUGGGCGGCUCGGGAGGGCCGGGGUGCGUCCCCGCCGGCGCCGCGGCCGCGGCCUCCGCGCCCCCGGGCUCCGCACCGGGCCCUCGGAAGCGCCCUCGCAGCAGCUCCAGCUCGGAGAGCGACAGCGACGGGUCGUCAUGCCGACUCUCGCACGCCGGCGCAGACGAGGGCUUCGAGUGCAUUGCCCAGGACGCCAACACGCAAAGCUUCCUGGUCUACCGGCACAAGCAGAGCAGCUCCGACUCGGAGUCCACCACCAGCUCCUCCAGCAGCGCCGCCACCGACAACACGAGUGCGUCCCCAGACAAGCAGAGCCGAGGCAAGGCCAGCUUCUCUCGGGUGAACUUCACCGAGGACAGCAGCGACGAGACCUCGGGCUCCGACAACGAGACCGCCGGGGGCGCCGGCGGCGGCGGCGACUCUGGUGGCAAGGGGCUGCCGUGCGCCAGCUGGGACUACGACGACGACGACGACGACGACACCCCCCUGGAGGCGCUUGACCUCGUGUGGGCCAAGUGCCGUGGCUAUCCCUCGUACCCGGCCCUGAUCAUCGACCCCAAGAUGCCGCGCGAAGGCUUCCUGCACAACGGCGUGCCCAUCCCCGUGCCGCCGCUCGACGUGCUCAAGCUGGGCGAGACGCGCAUCAUGGAGGCCACGGAGCCCCUCUUCCUUGUCCUCUUCUUUGACAACAAGCGCACCUGGCAGUGGCUGCCCCGCUCCAAGCUGGUGGCCCUGGGCGUGGAGCAGGCCAUCGACAAGGCCAAGAUGCUGGAGGGACGCAAAUCCAACAUCCGCAAGUCGGUGCAGGUGGCGUACGAGCGCGCCAUGCUGCACCGCAGCAAGGUGACGCGGGGUGACCCCACGUCCGACUCCAGCGACUCGGACUGA